AUGAAGAUCCUCCUCAUCUUCACCCUCUGUCUGAUCUCAGAUGGAGGAGACUCCAAGAAAGUAACAGGAUAUUCAGGAGGAGGAGUCCUUAUCAAGUGCAAGUAUGAUACAGAAUACAGAGAAAACCAAAAAUAUUUCUGUAAGGGUUCAGUACGAGGCUGUCAUGACCAAAUAAAGAAAGAAGCUAAAAACGAGUGGAUAAAUUCAGGAAGAUUCUCACUGUUUGAUGACACCAAAUCAGCAGAGUUCAGUGUGAAGAUCAGAGAGCUCACUGUAGAGGACACUGGGACAUACCAGUGUGGAGUUGAUUUACCCAAGGGAAAUAACACUUACACACGGGUGGAACUGAAGGUGAAGGAAGGGGGCUCGGUCUCUAGAGAAGUGAGUGCAUAUGCAGGGGGAGGAAUCAACAUCAAGUGCAGAUAUGAGGAUGAAUAUAAAUACAAACCCAAAUCUUUCUGUAAGAUGGGAUCACAUCAGUGGUGUUUUAAUCGAAUAACAACAAAACUAAACAGUGAAUGGUCACAUGAUGGCAGAUUCUCAAUUCAGGACAACAGAAGUGCAGGAUUCUUCAGUGUGUUUAUCAGAGAGCUGAUUACGGAGGACACUGGAACAUACGCGUGUGCUGUUGUUGUGUCUGAUGAAAUACAGAUCUACACUGUAGUGAAGCUGAAUGUAAGAGAAGAUCUGUCCUAUGAGAAGGCCAUCAGUAAGACUGUCCAUGUAGGAGGAGAUUUGACUGUCCACUGUAAAUACCCAGAAUCCCUCAGGAGCGACCCCAAGUUUCUCUGCAAGACGAGGCUGCAACGUGCUGCUUGUUCUUAUAAAGAAUCUGUUAAAGAAAGUAGAAAAUAUGUAAAUAAGGGGAAAUUCUCCCUGUAUGAUGACAGAGAAACACAAAUGUUGACUGUGAGUAUUAGAAAUGUAACUGAGCAGGACUCUGGUGAAUACUGGUGUGGAGCUGAAGCAGCCUGGACAUCUGAUCAUGGAUACAAGGUUUAUUUCACACAGAUCAACCUGACAGUUACUGCUUUAGAUCCACGUGUCCCAGUUUCAACCUCCAAACCCACACAACCGUCAUCAUCAGCAUCAUCACCACCAUCAUCAUCAUCACCACCACCCUCAUCAUCAUCACCAUCACCAUCAUCAUCACCACCAUCAUCAUCACCACCACCCUCAUCAUCACCAUCACCAUCAUCAUCGUCAUCAUCAUCACCACCAACAUCAUCAUCACCACCACCACCACCAUCAUCAUCAUCAUCACCACCACCACAACCACCAUCAUCAUCAUCAUCGUCACCAUCGUCACCAUCAUCAUCAUCGUCAUCAUCACCAUCAUCAUCAUCAAUAUCAUCAACAUUAUUGUCACUAUCGUCACCAUCAUCAUUAUCAUCGUCAUCAUCAUCGUCAUCAUCAUCAUCAUCAUCAUCCUCAUCUGAGUCUACUCCAGCUUCUCCUCCAGCAGGUGAUUCUGCUCAGAUCCUCAUCACCCCCAGAAUCUAACUACAUGACUUUGAUGAAUCUGAUCCCUUAUGAAUGAUCAGCAUGUAGGUUAAAGUGACUGUCUGUUUGUUUCUCUUCCAGGAUUUCCAGCUUCCACUGUGAUCACUGU